AUGUAUAAAUCAUUUUUUGAUAAUUAAGAUUAGGGGUUUUGGUCAUCUCAAAAAAUUAACAAUAAUAACACCAAAGUUAUUGAAGGUUUAUUUUAUGUGCCAACAAAAAGCGUAAAUUUAUAUGAUUUAAUCUCUCUAAAAUUAUAAGAAAAAUGUCUAAUAAUGAAAGAUGGAAAUGUAUGUAUCAUCACUAUACAUAGACUGAAUUAUAUGCAGACAUAGAAAAUGCUUCUAUUAUGAGAGUAGAACAAUAAGGAAUUUGUUUAAUAAAAAAUUCGAUUGAAUUCAAUUUUUAUGGAAAAGUUGAUGACUUUUUUAUCAAUCUCAAAAAAUAUUGCAUCUAAUUAAAUUUUUAGUAAAAAUAUCAUCUUCUCUCACUCAUAGGGCAAGGUAACUUUGCAAAAGUAUUGAUUAAUUUAAUUACAGGUAUUUAAAGCCAGAAAUAAACAUAAUUUAGUUGAAAAUGCAGUAAAAGUGUUUGAAAAAACUUCAUUUUCUUAAAUGACAGAUAGAUUAGCUCUAUUAAAAGAGGUUCAUAUCUUAAGAUAAUUAUAACACUCGAAUAUUAUCGAAUUACAUGAAGUUUUCGAAACUAAAACUCAAAUUUUUCUCGUAUUUGAUUAUUUAACAGGAGGUGACCUCACUAAUUUCAUCAACAACAAUUAAUUACUUGAAGAAGAAUAAAUAAAAAAAAUUAUGAUGGAACUUCUUAAUGCUUUAUUCUAUAUGCAUUCGAAAGGUAUAUUCCAUAGAGAUAUAAAACCUUAAAAUUUGUUGCUUCGUAAAAAAGGUCAAAUUACUGAUCUUGUUAUUGCAGAUUUAGGAUUAGCUGAUUAUUAUAGAAAAGAUGGCAAAUAUAUGUUUACUAGAUGUGGCACUCCUGGUUAUGUUGCUCCUGAAAUCUUAUUAGAUAAUCCUUAUGAUUUUAAAGUAGAUAUUUAUAGUUUAGGAGCAUUACUCUAUGUUAUUCUAACAGGGAAGCCUCUCUUUAAAGGAGCGACUUAAACAGAAACUAUCUAAUUAAAUAUUAAUAAUAAUUUAGACUUUUCUAAUACUUAAUUAUCCAAAACCUGUAUUGAUCUACUUAAAAAUAUGUUGAACAAAAAUCCUUUGUUUCGAUUUUCAAUUUUACAAUGUAAAUCUCACUAGUGGUUUUAAUAAGAAACUCAACCUAUAUUUAUUCGUAUAAAGCAUUCAAUUAGAUCUAGACUUUAAUUAAAUCUAGAUAUCAAUAGUGAUGACAGUAGUCCUCAUAGUUCAAAAAAAAAUUAAAAAUUAUUUCAAAUUAAAACUAAUUUAUUCUCUCCUAGAUAAAAUGGAAGCUAAACUUCUAGUUUUCAAAAAUUAUGUAAACAGAGUGGAAUCAUAUGCAAGACAGAACCAUCAGAAUUGAAAUCAACAUUUAAUAAACUUAAAUUAUCUAAGUAAAGAUAAUCUUUAAAAUAUUGA